GUCUCCCUGGCACUGAUUGGGGGCUCUGGAGGGCGGCUGGGCACUGCCUCUCCCCCCGAAAAGGGAGCGAGUUGACAGAUGAGCUCGCGGGGGUCCCUAAUCGGGCUCACCUUUUGUACCUGCUACCUGGCUUCUUACCUAAUGAACAAGUAUGUCCUGUCUGUCCUGAAAUUUACUUACCCUACAUUAUUCCAAGGGUGGCAGACAUUCAUUGGUGGACUUCUGCUCCAUGUGUCAUGGAAACUGGGCUGGGUGGAGAUCAACAGCAGUUUAAGAUCUGAUGUUUUGACUUGGCUUCCUGCUUCAAUUCUGUUUGUGGGGAAAAUCUAUGCUGGGUCCAGGGCUUUGUCCAGACUGGCCGUUCCUGUGUUUCUCAUUUUGCAUAAUGCAGCUGAAGUUAUCAUCUGUGGCUACCAGAAGUGUUUUUGGAAAGAGAAAACAUCUCCUGUAAAGAUCUGUAGCGCCCUCUUCCUCUUGGCAGCUGCAGGGUGCCUUCCCUUCAACGACUCCCAGUUUGAUCCAGAUGGAUAUUUUUGGGCUGUAAUUCACUUAUUCUGUGUAGGUGCUUAUAAAAUACUACGGAAGUUCCAGAAGCCUAGUGCAUUAAGUGACAUUGACCAGCAGUAUUUAAACUAUAUAUUCAGUGUGGCGUUUCUGGCAUCUGCAGCUCACCCCACAGGUGACCUGUUCAGCGUCCUGGACUUCCCGUUCCUGUAUUUCUACAGAUUCCAUGGCAGCUGCUGUGCCAGUGGAUUUUUAGGUUUCUUUCUCAUGUUCACUACAGUGAAACUAAAGAGCCUUCUGGCCCCAGGACAGUGUGCAGCCUGGAUUUUCUUUGCUCAGGUGGUCACAGCUGGACUAUCAGUAUUACUGUUUGAUGUGACCCUGACCAGUCCAAUUGUGGGAUGCCUCCUGCUUGGUGGACUUGGAGAGGCCUUGCUUGUUUUCUCAGAGCGGAAAGGUUCCUGAUAAAGAUGGGCAGGAAAAGAAGACUCACGGUUUACCAGCUGGAAAUCACAGAGCCCUGACCUCGUUGCAUCCUGUUGAGAGGGUCAGAACGAAGAACACAAGGACAGUGACACCACACCAGGGCUCCAGGUGGGCAGAGCUUGUGCCCUGCCCAAGCUGAAUGUUUGGGUGGUGGAAAAUGCAAAGGCCCCACCACUUCUCAUUGCCUCAACGAGAACUAUCUAGAGCCCGCCAGGCUGCAUCAGAGAAACGGUCUUUGUUAUGUCUUCCCAUUUUGAGACUCUCUCUUGACUGUGCUGUACCCAGUUCUGCAGAAACAGGAGGAACAGGAUUUCACCAUGAUGGCUCCUCUCACCUUGGCUGACCUGCAGCUUUCAGUUUGAGGUCAUGGGCCCACGGUUAUUUUGUGGUAUUUUUUUUUUUUUUUGUAUGUGUGUGUGUGUAUGUUGUUUUGUGUUUUUACACUUUGGAAAUGUCCAUUCCUUGUGCUGGAGCCCACACCCACCCAGGUAGAAGUGCAGAGAGACGUGCUCCCUCCUAAGAGCCUCCACUGGGGGCAGGGCAAACAUGUGGGUUAUCUGGGGUCGGGCCAAGUAGGAAGCCAAAAGGACACUUUAAAUCUAGAAUGAGUGAUGACCUUUUGUGGUUGAUGUUUCUAUUUAUUUCCUGCUUCUAAAUUGCUCUUGAUGCUUGUAAACUCGUCAGGAUGUGUGUUGUGUUGACUUCUGCAUACUCUUUUUUGCCCAAUGUUGGGUUAAGCUGGUAACUAGGUGACUAGCCAAGGGAAGGGGGUUUAAGUACUGGUGGAUGCCUUUCCUGGUAGGUGAAACAAACGAACAAUAUAGAACAUCCGUUUACAUGUGCACACUGUUUCAAGUCAUCGAAUACUGAAGUAUGUUUUUCAGACCAGAUUAAAGAUUGUAUUAAAAAUAUACCUUGUGUCUAGAAAAGAAACAAAUUUACAUGAAAUGAUCACUUGAUUCUGAAGCCACUAAGAAGGUUUAAAAAAAUAACGAAGUUUUUUUUUUUUUUAAAUAAUAAGUUUUCAAAAUAAUUUACUGCUCUGUCAGAGGAUUUGGGUCAUUUUUAGAUGACCAGGGAGUAUUAUUCAGCAGGAGGGCAGGCCUGUGGUGUUGGAUACCCACAUCAUUGAUGGAGAACCCAGCCCUUUUCAAAACACCAGGGAGCUGUGUCUUGUUCAAGCUUGGCCCUGUGAAGAAUGAAGUCAACUCCAUCAGUGGCCAUUAUUUCUGCAUGUUUUCUCCAACUUGUUGGAAAAAGAAAAAGAUAAUGAAACAAAUAGGAAUGGAUUUGUGUAUUUGGAACUUGAGUACCUUAGAAUCCGUUCCUUGUCUUUUCCUUGUCUUUGCUUCUCAUUUCAGGUUAAAAUGUUCAGAAUGACCUUUUCGUAUAUUGGUUUGCAGUUUGCUUUUGUUCUUUAUCUGGGAUGUCAAACUUUCUAUAGACUGAGACUCGAAUAGGAAAUCUGGCUGUAGAAUUUUCUUUAUUCUUUGGCUCCCACAAGACUCUAUACCACUGAGACCAGCUCUUUUCUCCUUGUAGAAAGUGGCGUCUAUCCAAAUGUCAUCUUAUGUCUGUCUUUUCAAGUGCCAUUUAAGCAAAUGGGGAUUCUUCAGGCAAGAAAGAACCACACAGUUAGCAAGUCCAGUCCCAUUUCUAGGAGAACGGACCACACAUUUUUUUUUUCUGAAAAGUUUUAGACUCUUUUUGUUUUAAGGAUCUCUAGCAAGAAUGUUUUUGGCUUUGUACUUUUUAAAUUUAUUUACUAUAUUUCAGAGUCAUAUUGUUUUUAAAACCUCAGGUAUUUUCUUUGUCACCAGCAAGAGGCAGAGGACAAGGUGUUUUCUUCAGUAUGUCCUCCUGUCUCCUCCAGUUUCCUUCUGUUUUUCCUUCUGUUUCCCCGUGGCUGGGCUUUUUUCUUCAAGCUGUAAGUACUAUCUUUCACACCCAAGUCCACAUCUCAAAUCUGAAUGCAGGGUGAGCCCAGUGGUCUGUGAGACUAGGGCCUUCCCAGAUCACUAGAGUCCCCCCAGCUCACAUCUGCCAUGGUUCUCUGGGCCUAGGGACCCCACACAUCCUCAUGUCCUGUUUGGCCCCUGAAUCUCUUGGUCCUUGAUGGCCCCAAAUCAAAGCUGGAGGGUUUUGUUUUAUUUAUUUGUUGUUUUAAAUAAAGAAUAUGUUUUCUA